AUGGCUAGCAGUUCACAGUCUGAUGCACACAACACUUUAGAUGAAGAUAAAUGUGUAGAUGUAGAUGAUUUCUACUUCUCAGCUCUCUAUGACGCCGAUGGUGAUAUCUUCCCGAUCUCCGAUGAGAAUUACGCCCAGGAACUACAACUUCAAGAGGCUCUAAUAUCUUCCGUAUCCAAAACAAAUGCAUCAUCUUCAUCACAAAAUGUUGCAUCAUCAUCAUCAUCAUCAUCGUCAUCACAAAAAUUUGAAUCAUCAUCAUUAUCGCAAAACUCACAAACAGAAGCAUCGUCCUCGGUAAUUCUUGAAACAUCCCAACCUCCAAAUAUCUUAAAGAGGAAGCAACCAAUGGAGACAUCUGAAGAAGCCCAAUUACCCGAGAGCUUUUGUGGCAUUUGUAUGGACACAAAAGCUCAUUCAGAGAUGUUUUCAAAUUCAAAGGUUUGUGGGCAUCAGUUCUGCUCUGAUUGCAUACGCGAACAUGUAUCUGUGAAGAUUAAAGAAAACAUGGCGGAGGUGAAGUGUCCUGACCCAAAAUGCAAACGGCUAAUAGGACCAGAACUUUGUGGAUCCAUCGUCCCAAAAGAAGUACUUGAAAGAUGGGAAGACGCCUUGUGCGAGUCUUUGAUCCUGGGUACUCAGAAAUUCUACUGCCCGUUUAAAGAUUGCUCAGCCAUGUUGGUGGAUGAUGGUGGAGAAGCUGUGACAUCGUCGGAAUGCCCAAACUGCCACAGAUUGUUCUGUGCGCAGUGUAAGGUGGCAUGGCAUUCAGACAUGGAUUGCAACGAGUUUAAGAGCCUAAGCAAGGAUGAGAGAAAUCCAGAGGAUCUAAUGUUGAUGCAGCUUGCCAAGAACAAACAAUGGAAGAGGUGCCCAAGGUGCAAUUAUAUUGUGGAAAAACGAGAGGGCUGCCAUCACAUUUCUUGCAGAUGUGGACAGCAUUUUUGUUAUGGAUGUGGGAAGGAACAUGUUGGAAGCCAUGCUUGUAAUGUUUGA